AUGAAAUCUUCCAACGAUGCCGGCCAAUCUCUUAUGUACCCACUAUCUCUUCAUCCCCCUUCAGAUUUCUCAUGGCCCUUAUUUCUCACUCUCUUUCCCAAAAUCAUCCUUCAACGAUGCCAACCACUUGCUGCUACAGCAACAUAUACUAGAGAUUCUCUGCAAUGUGCUCAGCCACAUACCAACUCUGAUUCAAAGUUGGUUUUUGUCUUAGUAACGAGGUGGUCGACGACCCCUCAACCACUUCUCAUCUGCUGCCUCUAUGUUAGAUUUCUUGUGCUUGCGUUGCCUGGUGGUGUCUUGUAUUUGAUACUUUGUUUCUUUGUUGGAUCUUGCAGUGAUUCAGCAUUUUUCAGAUUUCUUUGCUAA